AUGGAAAGCCGUAAGACACUUAUCCCUCCCCCGGAAGCCAGGCAGCUGAAGGUGGUGGUGGUGUGGUGCUGUGAGAUGUCCUGUCUCCCGGGCACCGUUGGCUUCUGCCCCAGCACCUAUCCCUGCCACAAUGGGGGUGUCUACCAGGCCUCCCAGGACUCCUGCAGCUGCCCACCUGGUUGGAUGGGCACCAUCUGCUCCCUGCCCUGCCCAGAGGGCUUCCACGGACCUAACUGCUCCCAAGAGUGCCACUGUCACAAUGGUGGCCUGUGUGACCGAUUCACUGGCCAGUGUCGCUGCGCUCCGGGCUACACGGGGGAUCGGUGCCGUGAGGAGUGCCCUGUGGGCCGCUUCGGCCAGGACUGUGCCGAGACGUGCGACUGCGCCCAGGGCGCGCGCUGCUUCCCGGCCAACGGCGCGUGUCUGUGCGAACACGGCUUCACCGGCGACCGCUGCACCGAGCGCCUCUGCCCCGACGGCCUCUACGGCCUCAGCUGCCAGGAGCCCUGCACCUGCGACCCGGAACACAGCCUCAGCUGCCACCCGAUGAGCGGGGAGUGCUCGUGCCUGCCGGGCUGGGCCGGCCUGCACUGCAACGAGAGCUGCCCGCAGGACACGCACGGGCCCGGCUGCCAGGAGCACUGCCUCUGUCUCCACGGCGGCGCGUGCCAGCCCGACAGCGGCCUGUGCCGGUGCGCGCCCGGCUACACGGGCCCGCACUGCGCCAGCCCCUGCCCCCCCGACACCUAUGGAGUCGACUGCAAGGCGCGCUGCUCCUGCGACCACGCCAUCUCCUGCUCGCCCGUCGACGGCGCCUGCAUCUGCAAGGAGGGUUGGCAGCGUGGUAACUGCUCCGUGCCCUGCUCGCCCGGAACCUGGGGCUUUGGUUGCAAUGCUAGCUGCCAGUGUGCCCACGAGGCAGCCUGCAGCCCCCAAACUGGAGCCUGUACCUGCACCCCUGGGUGGCACGGGGCCCACUGCCAGCUCCCCUGCCCGAAGGGGCAGUUUGGUGAAGGCUGUGCCAGCCGCUGUGAGUGUGACCACUCUGACGGCUGCGACCCUGUUCGUGGACACUGCCGGUGCCAGGCCGGCUGGACGGGGACCCGCUGCCACCUGCCCUGCCCCGACGGCUUCUGGGGAGCCAACUGUAGUAAGAGCUGUACCUGCAAGAAUGGGGGCACCUGCGUCCCCGAGAACGGCAAUUGCGUGUGCGCCCCCGGAUUCCGAGGCCCCUCCUGCCAGAGAUCCUGCCAGCCCGGCCGCUAUGGCAAACGCUGUGUGCCCUGCAAGUGUGCCAACCACUCCUCCUGCCACCCCUCGGACGGGACCUGCUACUGUCUGGCCGGCUGGACAGGCCCCGAUUGCUCCCGGCCAUGCCCUCUAGGACACUGGGGAGCCAACUGUGCCCAGCCCUGCCAGUGCCGCCAUGGAGGCACUUGCCACCCCCAGGAUGGGAGCUGUUUCUGCCCCCCAGGCUGGACAGGACACCUCUGCUUGGACGGCUGCUCUCCCGGGACGUUCGGAGCCAACUGCUCCCAGCCAUGCCAAUGCAGUCCUGGAGAGAGAUGCCACCCAGAGACUGGGGCCUGUGUGUGUCCCCCAGAGGACAGCGGUGCCCCCUGCAGGAUUGGAAACCAGGAGCCCUUCACCAUGAUGCCUACCUCUCCGGUGACCUAUAACUCGCUGGGGGCAGUGAUUGGCAUCGCAGUGCUGGGGUCCCUGGUGGUGGCCCUGCUGGCGCUGUUCAUUGGCUACCGCCAUUGGCAAAAAGGCAAGGAACAUCAACACCUGACGGUGGCCUACAGCGGCAGGCGCCUGGACAGCUCCGAGUACGUCAUGCCAGAUGUCCCCCCAAGCUACAGUCACUACUACUCCAACCCCAGCUACCACACCCUGUCACAGUGCUCCCCGAACCCCCCGCCCCCUAACAAGGUUCCAGGCAGUCAGCUGUUCGCCAGCCUCCAGGUCCCCGAGCGGCCAGGGGGUGCGCAUGGCCUGGAUAACCACAGCACCCUGCCUGCUGACUGGAAGCACCGCCGGGAGCCCCCACCAGGGCCUCUGGACAGGGGUAGUGGCCGCCUGGACCGAAGCUACAGCCCCAGCUGCAGCAGCUGCGGUGGCCCAGGCCCGUUCUCUAGCAAAGGGCCCAUCUCUGAGGAGGGGCUGGGGGCCAGCCUGGCUUCCCUGAGCAGCGAAAACCCCUACGCCACCAUCCGGGACCUGCCCAGCCUCCUAGGGAGCCCCCGGGAGAGCAGCUACGUGGAGAUGAAAGGCCCUCCCUCAGGGUCCCCCCCCAGGCAGCCCGCUCAGCUCUGGGACAGCCAGAGGUGGCGCCGCCCCCAGCCACAGAGAGACAGUGGCGCCUAUGAACAGCCCAGCCCUCUGACCUCUGACCGAGACUCUGUGGGCUCCCAGCUCCCACUGCCUCCGGGCCUGCCCCCUGGCCACUACGACUCACCCAAGAACAGCCACAUCCCGGGACACUAUGACUUGCCUCCAGUACGGCACCCCCCAUCACCCCCGCUCCGGCGCCAGGACCGGUGAGGGGUCAGGACGGCAUGUGGGCACCAGCAUGCCUGUUCUUUGCUGCCCGAGGUUGGGGACAGAGCCUGCUGGACCCUGCCAGGAGCAGGGAGAGGACCGGCAGACCGCGAAUAUGAGCACGUUUACUAGAGGAAGUGAAUGUGGAGGGGACAGGGCCUGGCUCCCAGCUUCCAGCGCGGGACACCCUGGUCAGCAGGAAGCCCGCGUUCCCUUUCGUCCAUGUUCCAACCUGCUGCUCCCCAAGGCCCCAGGGCCCUUGUGCAUAAGCUGGUGGGAUGAAUGU